GAAAAUAAACACUGCUGUCAGUGUUGAUACUAUAUAAGUCGAAUAUCUGGCUACAAACGCUGUAGAGACAAGAUUGGAGAGAGAAUCAUUUUCUUGUGACACGAUUUGGAAGAAGAAGUUCGAAGAAGUUUGUUUGGUGAUUCAAUUCACAAUGUUUUCAAAGAUGGCAGGCUAUGUUUUCUUCAUACUGAUGAAUGUUGUAAUGCAAAUGAAAUUGAGUGCCGGAUGUGAUAAUAGUGGAAAUAGCGUUGUAUACACACGAUGGGGAAAGAAAAGCUGCAACUCUAGACAUGAACUUGUCCAUUCAGGUUAUGUCGGAGGAUCGGAUUACAAAAAUCCGGGAGCUGCAGUAGAACCCCUUUGCCUACCCAAAAUUCCGCAAUGGGGUAAAUUUAAGGAUGGAAAAGAUGGUCAGAAAGCUAAAUUAUUGGGAGCAGAGUACCAGAUGCACACUGUAUCCAACUACUGGCGACAUUAUCAUGACCAUGAUGUCCCGUGUGCCGUGUGUUUGGUACGUCAGAGAUCUGUUGUGCAGAUGUUUCCAGGAAGAAGAACUUGUUACAAUGGAUGGAAGCUGGAGUAUAGUGGUUACCUUAUGGCUGGUAGACCGAUUCAUAAAGCUGCGUCAACAUAUACGUGUGUUGACAGGAAGCCGGACAUCGCUGAUGGAGGAAUAGCCAAUCAGAAUGGAUACCUUUUCUAUCAGGUUGAGGCUAUCUGUGGUUCUUUGAAGUGUCCGCCUUAUGUUCAGGGCAGAGAACUUGUCUGUGCCGUGUGUUCUAAGUAAACCGAACAAUGAUGUUUUAUUUGGCAGUUAUAAUUAAAACUGUUAAUAAACAAAUAUCACCUUC